AUAAUCCAACGGCAUUCAGGCGGUCCGCUUGAGCAGUUAUUCACACGACUUUCCAAACGCCUUUGCGCCUCACACAAGAAGAGUCUAACUCUGUUCAAAAGCUCAAGAUGUCUACUGAAGCUUCGUACGCCGACAUAGCGGCCAUGGGCCCCAAGCAGACUCCGGAGGAGGCCGCCGCCCCCCAGCCACCCCAAAUCGAGACUUCCACAUCCGCCUCGACGUCGUCCCUGGUCGAUGUGGACACACCGUCGGUCCGCACCGUGCCCUCCGACUUUGCCGAGCAGGAAGUGCAGACGGACACGCAGGCGGAGCGGCUUGAGCGUGAGGCCAAGGCGGCCAAGGAGGCGGCCGAGGAGAAGGCUCGGCGCGCCCGCGAAAAGGCCAGGGCCAAGGCCCACCGCGCCGACGACUGGCUCGUCUCGCGCAUCUCGGCCAUGAGCGACGGCGCCGCCUCGGCCCUCGCCGUCGGCAACCUCGCCGCCGUCAUGGGCCUGGGUGCAGUGCUCGGCUACAAGGCCUGGGGUCUGUGGGAGAGGAGGGCCCUCAACGCAAAGGUUGUCGGGUUGGGAGUUGGCUUGGUUGGACUCGUUGGGCUUGGGGAGAGCAUCUUUGCUAGGGCGUGGUACAAGGCCAAGGGCAAGAAGCAAUAAUACGGCCAGGUUCAAGACACAGACUGGAGAGCAAGGUCGAGGAACCGGGCGGACUGCGUCGCAUCUCGCGCUCACAAGCUCGUUGUUUGGUAGAGGCUCUAUAAUCCAGUCAAAUUAUCAGCUCUGUGGGUUCCAUCUGUCAGGGAUAGUGGUAAUAAGGGGGGGUUUCCGGCGCAGAUUUUGGAAGUUUCUUGUUUGGCUUCUUGUUACCCAGCUUUACUCUACUCUAUCAUAAGUUCAUAACUAGUCGCUUUUUCGCGCUUCCUUGCACAAAUGUGUAUGCCAUUUUUCGCAAGCGAGGUGCAUGAUAGUCGUUUGAUAUGUUGAGCCAAGUGUACAAAUAUAGCGCACGCCGAUCAGUGCCAGACCGAUCAUGACAAAUAUAGCGACUCAGCAUAAUAUACGCCUGACAGCUUGAGGUACUAAUAAUAUGCAUAGAGACGGGGAUCUGACAUGUCUCGCUGCAAAAGAGGCAUACUAGUCAUUCGCUUCUGCGCCGAAUACAAUAUCUUUC